AUGGAUAAACCACCCAUCGACUCAAAAUGGAUAUGGCACCCAGAAUGGGUCGACAGCGCAAAAGACUCGGCAGGAGGCUUUGUCCAUUUUCGCAAAGAACUCACGCUUGACCGUGUCCCUAGCGAGCCCGUCAUUGUCCAGAUCACAGCGGACACAAAGUAUCAGCUCUACAUCAACGGACGUCUCGUCAUCUUUGGCCCUGUCAAAGGAGACGAGCACAUGUGGUUCUACGAUGAACUUGACAUUGGUUCAUACCUCAAACCGGGUCUUAACACCCUCUCCAUCCAGGUUCUUCGUCUGUACCACGGUACUUCCUACGGCACAAGCUUCCCCAGGAUGCCAUUUCCUGGGCUGUUAGUGCGAAGAGCAGGCGACGCAGGCCUUCAUGAAGUUCAACUCGACACGGAUGACACAUGGCUUGUCGCCAUUGACGCUUCUCGGAAGCUUCGCAUCGACCAAAAAGAAGACGACUUUUUACACGUUUACGAAGACGCCGCGAUUAUUCCCAGGCAUGAUCUUGAUUGGGUAGCUGCACAGGUUCUCGAUCUCCCCAAGUCUCAUGGCAUCGGUCCUCCUUGGAUGCUGCAUCCCCGAAUGAUUCCCUUGCCACGUAUCACUCCCGCGGGUUUCAAAAAGGUGCACAAUCUUCGGAGCUCAGUAUCCCAGCAAGAAUGGGAAGACCUCCUCUUGAAUCCUCAUGCCGGUGUUCCAACCCUCCGUCUACCAGCAGGUACGACACAUCACAUCGAGCUCGAGGCAGAUCACCACCUGACGGCGUAUAUCGAGUUUUGCUUUAAACGUCCUACGGUAUCCGGCAGCGAGCUUCAAAUCACCUACGCCGAGUGCUAUGAAGAUGAACCUGAGAUGGUCCCCUACGUUCGCCGCAAAGGCAAUCGCCUUGAUACGACCAAGAAGCUCUACGGACCACAGGAUCGAUACCAUACCACGAGCCCAGAGACUAAAGAGAAUUUCCGUCCAUUUCACUUUCGAACUUUCCGUAUCUUGGCCCUGGAUAUACAAGUCAACGCUGAAAGCGACCUCAUCAUGACUGGAGUGCACGUCGACAGAACACACUAUCCACUGGAUGUCACUGGAGAGGUCGAAAUCCCUGGCACAGCUUAUGAGCAGCUUUGGUCCACCAGCGUCCGUACCCUCACCAACUGCAUGCACGAUUGCUACGAGGAUUGCCCCUUUUACGAGCAGUUGCAGUAUGCAAUGGACGUACGAAGCUCGUGUCUCUUCACGUACUAUGCUUCCGGAGACGAUCGCAUGGCUCGUCAGGCCAUUCUCCAGCUACAUAGCUCGUACCGCGCUCAUCUGGGAUUGCUAGCAAGCCGCAGCCCGGCCUCGCAGCUCCAGAUAAUCCCACACUUUUCGCUAUUCUGGAUUCUCACGCUUGUGGAUCACUUUGAACACUUUGGGGACAUUGAAUUCACCCGCAAGCUGAUCCCUGUCUGUGAUGGAAUCCUCGAAUAUUUUGCGGGGCGUGUCGAUCCUGAGCUGGGCCUCGUAUCAUCAAAGACUCUAUUCUGGGACUUUGUGGACUGGACGCCUGAGUGGGCGCCGAUGGGUAUCCCCCCAGCAGCCGCACAAACAGGAUACCAGACGUUCACAAACUCACUCUAUGCCCAUACCAUGCAAAGAUUGGUGCCCGUAGUCAAGGCCAUCGGGAGACAAGGCCCUGCUGGGGAACUUGAAGCUCGGGCAGAUACCAUCGUCGGAGCCAUCAAGCAGCACUGUCGACUCGGCGAGGUAUUCACCGAUGGACUCGCCUCUUCGGCUGAUGUCACCCGAGACUUUAGUCAACACAACCAAAUAUGGGCCGUUUUAUGCGGAGCCGCGACAGGAGACUAUGCACGCAAGUUGCUGAGGCAGUCUCUGCCAAUGGCACAGUCCAAGCCCUCUUUGACCAAACCGUCACAAGCCAUGUCGUUCUACCUGCUUCGUGCUCUCUCGACGGCAGGUGGCAACUUGUACGACGACGUCUUUCACGACAUGUGGCAACCAUGGUUAAAUCAGCUAUCCCUCAACUUGACGACAUGGUGCGAAGAUGAGGUGACGGUACGAUCCGACUGUCACGCAUGGAGCUGUGUACCUCUGUACGAACUCAUGGCUGAAGUUGCAGGCAUCCGACCAGCCGAGCCAGGCUGGAGCUCGGUGUCGUUUCGGCCGAGGACGGGGCUCUUCCCCUCAUUCAAGGCCAAAGUCCCGCUUGGUGGCAAGUUGGCGCCCGGAACGGCGCACGUUGCGUGGAAACGGUCCGAGGGUUGGGACAAGGCGUCGGUGUCGUUGCGUCUUGAGACGGAGGCUGCCGUUGAUGGUGUUCCUAUUCAUGUGACGUAUCUGGAUGGACGUCAGGAGACCAAGUUUGGACUGGAACUUGACUUUACCCUGUAA